AUGCAAAGAAAGCAAGGAAGGAACUGUUGUUCGCUGUUUCUGUUAGUUGAAAUACAUUCAGAUAACAAACUCUUUGGUCGAAACACGACCUGUACGCAGAGAAAUACACUUGGACUACUAAGAUUUUGGGUUGCUUUCAUGGCGGAGAAUACAAACUCUAAACCUGUGGUAACCACCGCGAGCAGCCCUUACCUAGAAUUCGGGAAUUCAAGCACAGGUACCUUAUGGUACGACAGAGAGUCCUUUCCGAGCGUGGCAAACUGCCUCGUGUUUGCUGAAAUUAUUUUAGGCCUGCUGGUAUGGCCACUGAUUGCAAGCACAGAAUAUUUCAGAUUUUCACCAUUUGGAUGGGUGAUGUUUGUGACUGUCUUCUACUGGCUUCUCACCCUUUUCCUACUCAUCAUCAAUGUGGCCAAUAGACAUCGCAAGCACAUGCAGUGGACUACAGUGGUUCUCAUUUUCAAUUGCACUGCAGCUUUAUUCUACACAUCGGCUGCUAUUGUUGAGGCAGCAUUGUUGAAUCAGGUGGUCAAAGGUCAUCAUACUUUCAACUGCUGGGCAGCUUCAACGUUUUUUGCAUUCCUAGUAUCUCUGAGCUAUGCUGGUAGUGCAUUCUUCACUUACAAAUCCUGGAAAAGAGAUGAAUGAAUGCUGGGUAAAUUGUAGUUUUUAUCAUUUAUUUAAACGUGGACUUAACUUCAAAAAUAUUUAAAACUUAUUAUUAAAUGGAAAGAAAUGUCAAGUUAGCUCUGUAUGCAUUUGCAGUCAUUCCACAAAUAGGCAGAUUUGUCUGAUGCAUAAACAGAUGUUUUGAUAUUUUUACAGUUUUUUAUUUUAUACAUUACAUUUAGAAAUUGAGUUGUAUUUAAAGGCAUUGUGACUGGUUGUAACAGAAUGUAAACAUUUUACAUGUGUGCUUUGAAUGAACCUUUUAAUAUUGGUGUACAUUUGCAUGAUCUUCUAAAAAACGUUUGUGAAAGCCUCAUUGUAAUUCAAGAAUCUUCACAGAAACUUUUUCUUUUGCAUCCAUCUCAAACUAAUGCGUGCCAUUACAGAUUUGUUCUUUUUGAGUAGUAAUAUUGCACUCAUGCUGUGCCAUUGUGUCUCAGAAAGCAGCUCACUAUUUUACAAACAAGUAAAGGAAUUUCACAAAAUUCUGUCUAAAAAUGUAUUUAUUUUUUUAAAUGUGAAUGUCCUGGUUUUGUUAUU